AUGCAAAGGCAGAUCGCUGGAACACUCGACGUCCGCUUUGUUGAUCGUAUCCAACAAGAUAUCCUCGAGCAUCGCAACGACACAGAAUACGACAUCUUGUACUUGACCCCAGUACCUGACUCAACUCACGAUUUUCGUGUGCGUAUCGAGGAUUUCCAGAGUCUCGAUCUCGACAACUACGAUCAGUGGUCUCAACGUUUCAGAACCGCUUACGCCCACAUCGACCAGCGUCACCCUCUUGGAGUGCCGUUUAUCGUCACCGUCGGCUUCUUCCUAAGUGCCGCCCUGGUGCAAGGAGCGUCUAUUCCAAACGUCGACCAGCGCAACAACACUACUACCUUGGAUACUCGAGCUGGAAACGAUUACCGUAUCGCAGUGUAUCAGAAUGGUCAAUGUACCGGCGAGGCUAUCCCCUACUCUGGUGAUGACGAAGAUUGCCACAAUGGUCUCGGCGACGGCGGUGCCGGACUCCAGCUUUUGGCUCUAGAUGCUGACGGCAUGCUUGUUUUCUAUGGUGCGGCUGAUUGCCCCGCCGGCCAAGAGGUCGACACCUUGAAUCCAAAUGAUGACCAGACCGGAACGGACUGCAAGCCUCUGAACGGAAACCCUGUUUCGUUCCAGUUUAUCAAGGUUUGA